UUUCCUCAUCCAUUCCCUCGAUAUGCCCUCAAACGAUGCAUCCAUAGUCGCCCAACUCAGGAAUACGCUCCUGAGCUUUGACAUCAAUGUAGUCGAUAGUCGUUCGUCAUUGAUACGGGUUCUCGACGUAGCUUCAACAGAACUUGCUCGAAAUGAGAAAACUAGACAACGGAUGGGAUCCGAAGAUGUGUCGUUAUGGGGUGAUGUCAGGAAGCUUUGGAAGAAUCUUGUUCGAGCACAACUCACAUUCUGGGACGGUGAUGAUGAUUCGGAAACAGAAGAUGAUACACCUGCAGAGACGAAGGAUCACAGCUUGUGUCGUCUCUGCAUCAGCCUUGCGAGGUUCACGAGGAACAUCGUCGCCGGGGUGCCCGUCAAUCAGAAUAAAGCUUAUGAAAAUGAACCUGAAAUGCGAAGGUUAUUACACUACUACACUUCGUGGACAUCUAUGCAAGACGAAGAAGUCACCUUUGCAGCUCGAUUACUAACACAGGCACUUUCAAACAUAGUCACCGGAAAUGAUCGUUUAAUGUCUAAAUUAUGGGAAUCCUAUCUUAAUCUACCUGAGGAUCAAGUUGUGAUAAUACGUUUACUAUCAUCCACAGAUACUCGCAUAACCUUAGCUGUCUUUACUCUUAUUGAGAAUUGCAUUCAUGAAAGUAAAGCAAGGACGAAAAUGUUAACAAGAACGCCUAUCGGUGCCCGGAUAUGUGUAUAUCUGCUCGAUAAUAUGGUCAAGUUAUACGAUGCCGAGGAAACCAGUGAAGGUGGCCUGGCAUUUGAUGUUGGAUAUCAUAUCUUCACUCGGAUUGUGGAAGUGGGGUUGGCUUCCGAAUUAUAUAACAAACUGUCAAUACAAGGAGAGCUGGUAACGCCACAUCAAACUACCCUCAUGAAAAUAAUUGAUUCGUACCUUCAAUCAUCUCCUCCAACAUCUCCACAUGCCAGCCCAAGGACAUCCAUUCACGCAAAAAUAAUCCCGAUGCUGGCCACCUGUUUCACGUCUCUGUCAUCAUAUGCUGAGACAGCAAUUCGCAGAGCAUUGCGUCCCACUCCCUCCGAGUUGGCAUCUCCGACUAGCCCUAUCUCGGCAGACAUAUCGCCGGACCUGUCUUUCACCCCUCCCGCGGAACUCGAUGUGAUGUUACCAAAAGUCUGCGAAAUGCUUGUUCUUGUCACACAAUGUAUUGUUAGCAUCAUUCUGGCUUCCCAACGUCAACAAUCAAAUUCAAAUUCAGACACUCCUACCGGGAUUAAGGAAACCGUGCAGGUCUUCUAUGAUGACUACGAUUCGACGGGCGUCGUAGAACACAUCGUUGAGCUCUUACGCCUCCUUGAUAAAUUCUUACCACGUAUCAACUUCGGACGGCCUGUAGAAUCACCUCUGGCACCCUCUACAGCAUGGGGGGCACAGUCGCCGUCCUCUGGAAGCUCUGGCUUUGCCUACCUUAAACGGGACCUUGUCCGACUGUUGGGAAUUCUAUCUCAUGAAAAUCAAGCGGUGCAAGACCGUGUCCGCCGAUAUGGGGGGAUUGAAGUGGUGAUGAACCUAUGUGUGGUUGAUGAGUGGAAUCCGUAUUUAAGAGAGCAUGCAAUAUUCACGCUGCACAAUCUAUUAAAAGAUAACCCUGCGAACCAGGCGGUCGUAGAAGAAAUACGACCGAUGGGGUACUGGGAUGAGAACGGAGUUUUGAAAGAUACGCUGAAUUCCGUCAGACGAUGAGCAUGGAGGGAGCUUACCCUAAUAUGUUUUCGAGAUGUAGAUUUAACGUGUAACGGCGCAAAA